GAUGUCAGUGACCGAUUCAAGAGCAUCGAAGCUCAGGACGCCCAAGGAGGUGGCGAGCGAGUGGCUGCUUGCUCAGGCAGAAGUGGAAGUUGGGUCAUGGAGCGGCCUGGACGAAUCAGGGCCGGACAAGGUAGGGGUGGGACUCUUCUUCCGGAUCAGCCCCGAAGACGGGAGCUUGAGGGUGGUAUCAAUCGUUCCCGGCAGCUCUGCGCAUAAGAGCGGGCUGGUGAGGGUGAAUGACAUGCUUGCUCGCCUGGACGACGAGAGCGUGCAAGGCUGGUCCCUCCAUCAACUGAGGACGACGCUCCAUGGUCCUCCUGGAAGCUUCGUGGCGCUGAACAUGACGAGGGACGUGGGGGGGCAGGAGCCGUUCAACUUCAAGAUCGAUCUCAUGCGAGGCAGCCCUUACUUCAUCCAGUUCCAGGACAGGUACGGGACGGCCAACGCAGCGCAGCUCAACGCGCUGAUCCUGCAGAAGAGGGAGGAGCAGAAAUUUCUGAUGAUAAUUGAGAAGCAGCUGAAGCUGGAGCAGGCGCGACUGGUGGAGGUUCAGCAGAGAAAGAGGGAUGCAGUGGAGACAGAGAGACAGCUGCUGAUGAAGUUCGAGUCGCUUCAGAGAGACUAUGACGAGGAGGUCGAGAAUAAGAAGAAAGAUGAUGCUGACUAUAACUUUCUGAUCGGAGAGAAUAAGAAGGGGAUGUUUUGGUGAGUUGUAAUAUUUU